AUGAAAGAGCUUGGUAAGCCGGAGGCGGGUUUGAGGUGGUUUUGGGAGCCUGUGGAGGGGUCUGGCUUACAUGAUUUGAUAUACACGGGAUAUUCUAGUGUCACCCAUGCCAUGAUACGUGCUAUGUGCGAGAGGUGGCACAUGGAGACCAGUAGUUUUCAUCUACCUGUGGGGGAGAUGACGAUCACUUUGGAUGAUGUGCAUAAUCUCCUACACAUUCAUAUUCACGGCCGCAUGUUGGACCACGACGAGGCAAUGGAUCGGGACCGUGCGAUUGAUUUGAUGAUCAGGUUGUUGGGCAUGUCAGAUGCUGAUGCUAGGGCUGAGGUUAGGACUGAGUCUGCUGGUCAUAUUAGUUAUCCCACGGCUGGAGGAGCCACAGACGAGGGAGGAGCAUCAUGA